UUGACGGGAGGGCGGGGUCGCGCAAGUGUGCUGGCUUUUAGUGGCUGCACGAGGAGUGUCGCCGGCAGGCUGCAGGCAUGCUUCGACGCGAGGCCCGCCUGCGCCGGGAGUAUCUGUACCGCAAGGCCCAGGAGCAGAAGCAGCAUCUUCUGGAGGAGAAGAAACUGAGGCUCAAGAGAGCCCUCGAUGAGAAUCAACCGAUCCCAACUGAGCUCCGAAGGGAAGCCCUGACGCUCCAGGGGGCAUUGGAGUUUGAUGACGCUGGAGGUGAAGGUGUUUUGGGCCACCAAGAUGAUGAAUACCGAUGGGCAGGUGUAGAAGACCCCAAAAUCAUGAUCACCACCUCUCGAGACCCCAGCUCUCGGCUCAAGAUGUUUGCCAAGGAGCUGAAACUGAUAUUCCCAGGUGCUCAGAGAAUGAACCGGGGUCGACAUGAAAUGGGUGCUCUUGUCCGCGCUUGUAAAGCUAAUGGAGUCACAGAUCUGCUGCUGGUACAUGAGCACCGAGGGACACCAGUCGGCCUCAUCGUGAGCCACCUGCCCUUUGGGCCUACUGCAUAUUUCACACUGUGUAAUGUGGUGAUGCGGCAUGAUGUUCCUGACCUUGGCACUGCAUCAGAGGCCCUUCCCCACCUUAUCUUUCAUGGUUUCUCUUCCCGCCUUGGACAGCGAGUCUCAAAUAUUCUCCGAUACCUUUUCCCAGUACCCAAGGAUGAUAGCCACCGAAUCAUUACCUUUGCCAACCAGGAUGACUACAUUUCUUUUCGGCAUCAUGUGUACCAGAAGCCAGAUCACAACGCAGUGGAGCUGAUAGAAGUGGGGCCCAGAUUUGAGAUGAAAUUGUAUAUGAUCUGCCUCGGCACGCUGGAGCACGAAGCCACAGCAGAUGUGGAGUGGCGUUGGCACCCAUAUACCCACACAGCCCGAAAGAGGACCUUCCUCAGUGUUUAGGAAAGGAUUUACAAACCUAGCACCAGAGCAUACACUGGACCGCAGACCAAGACAAAACCUGAGGAAACCCACCUUGCCUGAGGAGAGGCCAGCUCUACUGCUGUCAUUAAAGUUACUCAUCUCCUGCACCUCUCUGUUUCUGGGACCUUAUGCUCAUGGCACUGUGGGGAUGAGCAUUAUAGCUGGCUGGUUCCAAAGGCUUUUGGAUUUACUAUGGUGGACACUGAAAGCUGUUCUCUGACGUACUCUGGCUCAGACACAGGCAGCGGUUCUCUGAAUUGAGAAGCUGGGGAACAUUGGCAUUUGAGUCGGAGAGCCCCAGGGUCAUACCACAGUCUCAAAACCUGUUCACAGGGUCAGGGCUGGAUGGAAAUGAGGGAGUUGGCCUCUGUACAGGAACCCAGGCUAUGGAGCUACUAUUUGGGAUCUUCUGGAUCAGGGAUCGAUCUUGGGGAGCUGGAGUCCAAGUUGGGGAGCUCUCUGCCAUAUUUUCUGAGGCCUCCGAAGGCCUAGGGGAAGGGAUAGUGAGGAGUUACCUGGCUUGGGUAGGGGGUUAAUUUAAAUUUUUUUCUUUUUUUUAGCAUGGCCAUUUAGUCUAACCCAUGUCCAUAGGUAGAUUCCCCACUGAACCCCCUCCUCAGCUUGACCCUCUCUAAGGGGGGUUGGUACUCUGACUUCCCAAGGCAGCCUCUUAUCCUUAAGAAAGCUUUUGUCCCAUUAAACCUAAAUUUCUGCUCUUCAGUGCUCUGAUUCAGCCCUUCACAGCCCAGCAGAACAAAUCGAAUCCUUCUGUGGCAUUCCUCCCCCAGUCUUCUCCAACCUGCUUGCCUCCCGUGUGCCCUUUCUACUUUAUCAAAGAGAAUUUUAUUUUAAAAAUGGGGCUUCCAACUGAAUGUAGUAUUCUAGCUAUGACUUGAUGAGGCCAGAGGGGCUCUGCAGUUGCCUUCUAAGGAGGAGCUCUUCCUGGAAGCUCAGUCCCUUUGUGCAGUCCAACGUGAAGGAAGUACUUAUGCAGACCUUAUGGUACACUAAGACCCUUUCAUCUUCUUUCAGACAAACUGCUUACCUAAGCUUGUUUUUUCCAUUUUGUACUUGGGGGGUUGAUUUUUUUUCAACUGAAGAUUACAUUUAUUUUUCUUGAAUUUCCUCUUUACGUUCUGUCCAGUGCUCAAGCUUGUCAAGAUAUUUUGAGACAUUAUCAGUAUAAUCUGCAAAUUUGA